AUGUGUUUAGAAAUACUGGUCCACGACUUUGACUGCUUUGUACUCAACUAUGGGCGAGUGGGGUUUCCUGCCGGACUUUUGUUGUUGUUGUUGUGUUCAUCUCUUCUUCAUUUGCUCCCCAAUGCAGGCGUGCUGGUGUUCUGGUCACCAUUCCAUGAUCCUCGGGUGCACGAGAAUGCACCGGCUGGUGUCCACGUGACCACCGUGCGUGCCCUGGAUGAGUCGGCGCCGGGAAAGCCGGUCGCCUACAGUCUCCUGGACGUCAAGGACUCCACCUACUUCCAUUUGAACUACCUGACCGGAAACCUCACAACAGCGCGGCCCAUCACCAGAAAGGUCGGCGAAAAAUACGAGGUGAUCGUGGCCGCCGUGAGCCAAGGGGUGACCGAGGUGAAGACGAUGCAGAUCGAGGUGACCGUACCCAACGAGUACCCGCCCCGGUUCGAGCACCCCGUGUACCGUGCCGAGGUGCACCAGACCCGAACCCGGCCCGGGUACCGGGUACUGCAGGUUCGCGCCCAAGACCCGGACCCGGUGCCGUACAACGCCGAGGUCUACUACCGUCUCGAGGCCGGACCGGAGUCUACGAGGGCGCUCAAGUACCUCGCCCUAGAUGGCAUCACAGGUGAAGUGACGCUUAAUCGAACCCUGUCCGACGUGGCGGACGCCAUGAUAGCCUUUACCGUCGUCGCCGAGGACGGCGGAUCGCCCGUGAAAGAGGACAGGGCCCGGGUUGAAAUCCUCGUCAAGACCAUCUCCGAUCCGCAGAACACGCGCGCCGUCGUGGUGAACGAGACGAGCGUGCGCAUUUGCUGGCAGCGACCCCUGUACUGGCAACGUGUCCGGCUACGUGGUCAAGUACAGGGCGACAUCGGAGAACGUCACCUCGUACGUCAACGUGACCACGGGUGCGCCCGACAAACCGAUUACGAGUACCGCGUGUACGCCUGGAACGGCAAAGAAGAGGGCAUCGGCAGUCCCGUCGACCGAUUCGCCACGCGUAUCGACUACUGCCUGAUGAACGUCUGCAAGCACGGCUCCUGCGAAGCCAGGGAAGCGCUGCCCGGUUAUCGUUGCCUGUGCGACCCGGGCUUCUACGGAGACGCCUGCGAGCACUUCGACCCGUGCUCCGAGAACCCGUGCAAGACGUUCGGCACCUGCGUCAACACCAGCCACGGCGAGUACCGCUGCGACUGCUUCACCGGUUUCUCCGGUCGCAACUGUUCCGACUUCAACCCGUGCCUGCUCAAGCCUUCUGCUUGCCUCCACGGUGGCGUGUGCGAGUCCAACUCGUCGCACACGUUCACCUGCCUCUGCGUGGACGGCUAUUACGGCAAGACGUGCCACCAGUACGACCCCUGCUUCUCGUCGCCCUGCAUGCACGGCGCCCGCUGCCUGAACGAGUCGGACGAGAAGUUCAGCUGCCAAUGUCGUCCGGGGUACGCCGGUGACCUUUGUGAGGAGAACAUCAACGAGUGCCUGUCGAGCCCGUGCAAAAAUCGCGGAGACUGUGAAGACGGCAUCGACAGCUUCACAUGUCAUUGCACACCGGGCUAUGGCGGUCCACUUUGCGAGCUCCGAGACACGUGCCCAGAGGAAGUGCAGCAGACUGAUAAGGGCACUUUCCACUGGCAACCCGUUCCACACGGUUCAGUGGCCAAAGUCGAGUGUCCGUACGGAGCCUACAACCCAGCUAGCGAGUACAAGUACGCGAGACGGAAGUGCCGCCUCCUGGCGGACGGCCAGACCAGCUGGAUGAAGGUCUCUGCUCAGCACUGCCGAUACAAGAGCUUCCAGGCGGCGGAGAACAUCACCUCCGAGCUGGAGCACCUGACGCAUGAUCCGAGAAGCAUCAGGCCUGAACAGCUGCGCAACUUCGCCGACAAGAUCGAGCCCAUCGUUGACUACGCCAUCAAGGAUAUCAAGAUUGCGCAAGCCAUGAUUCACGUGAUCAGCAACUUCCUCGCUCUGAAUGACAGUGUCAUCGAAGAAGGAGACGCCAAUGGAGUGGCUGUCGAGAAGCUGGUUUCGGUGGUGGAGAGGUUCACCUCGGAGGUGGUGCUGGGACCCGGAGCGCUCAUCAUCGAGAAUGAGAACCUGGUGGUCAAGGCGGUCGCCUGGUCUCCCAAGCUGCUGUCACAGGGCCAGGACUUCCUGAGCUUCUCGCUGCGUUCCAACGGGGACCACUACUUGCACGAGGAGUUCUCUGGCGACGUGGACGACCAGGACGGCGAAGAAAACAUUGUGAUCACGAUUCCAUUCGAGGCGCUGUCGAUGGCCAUCAACAACUCUCUCCUAGCCGCUGGCGAAGCCUAUCGCCCCAUACACGAAGUGGAGAAAGGGCCGCGCAUCUCGUUUGUGUCUUACAGAAACGACAAGUUCUUCCGGCCACACCGCUACGGUCCAGCGUCCCUGGUUAGCACAGGACAAGUCGUGCUAUCAGCCAAGAUUGGAGACCGCAGGAUAGAAAACCUCACGGAUCCCUUGAUAUACUCCUACCCGACUUACAGCGCUGAGAGAUACGUCUGUGCUUUCUGGGAUGAACGCCGUAAACAGUGGUCUACCACGGGCGUAACAACCAAUCAGUCGGGAAACGUUACUGUUUGCACAUCAACCCACAUGACGGCGUUUUCCCUGCUUCUGGAUCCACUACCCGGAAUGUCACUGGCACCUCAGCACUACCGCAUUCUCUCGCUCAUAUCCUACGUCGGAUGCAUCAUGUCGAUUGUCGGACUGUUCUUCACCAUUCUAACCUACUCAAUUUUCAGGUGCCUCAACAAAGACCGCUCGGGCAAGAUCCUUCUCAACCUGUGCUCUGCCAUGCUGCUGUUAAACAUGGCCUUUCUUGUUGGAUCACUGCACCAACGCUUCCCCAGGAUCGAGUUGUGCCUGGGCACGGCCGUGGCCACGCACUAUUUCCUGCUCGCCUGCCUCGCCUGGAUGGGUGUCGAGGCAGCCAACAUGUACCAAAUGCUGGUGCACGUGUUCGCGUCUUCCGAGACCUGUUUCAUGCUCAAGCGCGUUCUCAUCGCCUGGGGUAUUCCUGCAGUCAUUGUUGGCACCUGCUUGGCCAUAGAUUUGGAGCCUUACAGAAGCCAAGAUGACUACUGCGUGAUAUCAUCCAGAAACCCAUACAUCUACUACGUUGCAUUCCUCGGCAUCUCCUGCUUCAUCCUGUUCGUCAACUUGCUCGUCUUCAUCAUGGUGACGCGGGUGCUGUUCAAGCCACGAAUGUCCGGCGCCACCUCGAAGUCCGUCAACCACAACUCGACUUCCGCUUCCGGUUCCGGCGCUGCCAGCAACCCUCUACCGAUCACCGCGGCCCAAGUCCGCGGCGCCUUCACCGUCAUGACGCUGCUCGGGGUCACGUGGAUCUUCGGUGUCUUCGCCGUGGGCGAAGCUCGGACCGUGUUCCAGUACGUCUUCUGCGUGUGCAACUCGAUGCAAGGCUUCCUCAUUUUCGUGGUGAGGGUGCUCCAGUAUCCGGAGGCCCGGGCAGCCUGGACUCAGCUCGCCACAACAGGGACGUUCAAGAAGAACCGCGGGGCCGGACCGCAGGCGGCCUCCUGGUGCGCCUACUCUAAUCCCAAGCGCAACAGUCAUUCGUCUAUGGUGCGGGUCACGUCCAACAGCACGGACAGUACGAGCACCGUGGUGUUCAACAGCAACAUGUGGAACAAGGGUACCGGGAGCGGUGGUCCGGCCAGUGCUCGCGACUGCCCUACGAGGCUGUCGCGCUUCUCCAGCGUGGGCAGCUUGCUGAAGAACUGUAACCUGCAGAAGGCUGACAAGAACACAAGCACCCUGAAUAGGAAAGACAAGGCAUCCUCCAAGACAACCGCCGAAGAACUCUGUGCCAAGCCUAACCACAAGGAAUUCUACUCGUCCGAAGACCAAGUCACGUCCCUCGUACCUGACCUAUACGCCGGUCAGGAGCACCAAAUCAAGAGCCACGGCGUCAGCGCGCCCGACCCGAUGAAGUACAUCGACGACGACUCGCGAAGCACGGUCACGACGCUGGGUCUGGGCGCCAAUCAAAAGGCUCACAUCUUGUUCGCCUACACGGGAGCCGAGGCUACGCCCAUACGCGUCAACGGCGUGGUGCACUCACAGCUGGACAAGCCCAAGCUGGAGUCUUUCAGCACGUUCCAGAGGUCUUCGCCCGUGCCCGCCAGCACACCCAAGAUUCCCGAACUGCCGCGAUCCUGGAACGCCACUUCCACGGCCACAGCGGUUGGGGCUGGACCCGUGGACGUAGUCGUUCCAGACCACGACGUCAUACGCGGCUCCACGAAGAUGACGGAGGAGACAUCUUUCGUGACGUCAGAAGGAGCAAGCAUCGCGGUUGCCUCUUGAAGAGCUCGUGCUAACAAGCUCCUAAGUUCCUAAGUUCUUGACAAUGGCGAAUCAUGGCAUUCGUCGCUCUCGCGCCAAAAAAAGGAAACCUAACGUAACUGACAAACUGAGCUCUUGACAAGUCUGUAGACUGGAGAUCGGAAUGUGUGCCUUCUGUUCAGCAUCCUACCGUUUGAGACGCGUAGCGUAGUGUUCGUAAGUGAAGACUUCAUGAAGGAAUGUUACCGUCAUCACGCGCUAUGUGCAAUACGUCAUCUUAGCCGCCUGACGGCGUUCGGCAGCACUUGUGUCAGCGUUGUGGAAGCCUUAGCAUUUGCUGCACCACUCCACAGUACAAUGCCAUUCACAUUCAGUGAGCUGUGUACCAACUUCCACGUAAGUGCGCCGGUCCAAGCAAGACACGAAGACCCUGCCGUCCUCAAGGGCUCGGAUUAGUGUCGGUGUCCCUUACACGGAAGCAUGCAGUGAAAUGCUGUGUUUUAACUUUUAAGUCCCUUCGCGACAAGGGCUGUUCUUGCAUUAAGGCUUACUCUUAUGCGCUGACCUUUUCCCACGGCCGAAGACUACUGACAGGACCAUGCGGCUGUGCACCAUCUCGGAUAUUCUUGUGCCAUGGCUUUUCUACGAACGUUCCCACCAGAGACCUUGCGGCAUUUUCUUACUGUGUCCGUUCCCGAAUGCCUUAUGUAUGUCACAAAUCAAAACUGAUAGGUCAUGUGACCGUGUGAACAGUGAAAGUUAUCUUAUUUUGUUCGGUCCUGGAUAUUACUUGAUUGUGGAACACAUUGUACUAGGUGUUGAUGUAGGAACCGCCAUAUUCUGUAUAUAUACGUGCAGUUAUGUGAUGUCUCUAUGUGCCCGAACCUUUGGAGUGCAUUUAAAUUAAUUUCACAAUUACAUAAAUCUAUAUAAAGCUUUACUAGAAGCGAUGCAUUAAGGGCGUGCAUAUUUUAUGUGCGUUGUGAAGUCAUUGUAAUUUUUAUGUGAGAAAGAGCAUAUGCGUGCUUGUGGUUGUGAGAAUGUGAAUGUCUAAACUAAGGCUAAGCAAAAAUUUCAAAGUUUUACCUCGGCGCUUAUCUUUAAUAUGCGAGAUAUAGGCAAACUGCGCUGCAAAGAAACCACUAAAAAUAUUUUUACGGGGGUUCGCUGCAUUUGAAAAAGUCUUCAAAACUUCCGCUAUUUCGGAAACAUUUUAUUUUUUGAUAAUUUGCGAAAGCUAUUGCGUGCUGAAAGCAAACUAUCUUUAGAAUCCUUCAGUUAUCUAAACAAAUCUUAAAAUUGGCUAAUUGAUCAACAUAAGUUAUCUAAGGAUAAUUGGCUUCAAAGCAAUAUAAGCCUCACCGAAUUGAUCACGAAACCCUGCGUGGGCGACUAUGGGUGGCUCAGAAGCACACAAUUACCUUUUGCAGACUGAACAUGAAAGAUCUUGCCAGGGUGAUAAGUAUUACACAAUUAUAUUCCUAUGUGCUACAUGUGUUCCCUUUGUGCAGCUUGUUCGAUGGAUAUCACGUUUCGUUAGUUUUGGGAUCCAGCUUUCCUCAAACUUGCCAAAUUUUAUCAAAUAUGUGGGAAAAAAUUGUCUUUAGACCUGUUGUUGAACCAAGCAUUACACAGUACUUACGUUUAUUCUGAAACAGACAGGGCGUGCAGACACGGACGCAUGAAGUCACAACACCACAAACGCCGACUAACAACUGAAGAGACGCACAACGGUGGAAAAGAAAGAAGGCACGAAAAAUUAUCUGCGCAUGCCCAUGCAACAGGCGAACCUAUCAAUUCGGCAUGCGUGGGGGUCUACGUGAAAGAUAACCGUUAAGGCAUUUAUUUGAUUGUGGUGCCGUGACUUCUUUCUUGUGUCCGUGUUUGCACGCCCUGUCUUUUUAGAAUGAAUACUUACCAUCUAGCGCAGCUCUCUGUUAUUCCAAUACUUACGCUCGUCCUUUAAGAUACCCCAGUUGAUUUUUUGACUAAAAGAGAUGCUUUAGACGUUUGAUCGACCAUUGAAGACAUAAGUUAUAGUCAGUGCAGAGGUUCUUGACAAGUCAGAGAGGUUGACAUCUAAAACGACCAGAGGGUAGGCACUAUGAGAUAAUGGAAAUACAUGCGCUGCUGUAAAUAACGCCAUGAAAGGGGCCAGUUCAUUGUUGUGCGUGUACGAAAUUAUGCACCGCUUGUAUAUGUUCUGAAGCACCGUGGACGUUUAAACAAACGACUUAUCAUGUCACGCCCAUUAGUAUAAUUCUUUUGUGGGUGUCGUCUCCUGCAAAACUAUCGUAGGCGCCUCGAACCUAUAUAACUGUUGGUUCCUGUACCUCGACGACACACAGUUUCCCGUGUCACUGUAACAGCUUUCGCGAGUCCCUAUUACCUGAUCUGCGACGUUGAUUUACUGGUCGUGUGAGUGCGCGCCAGGCAAUGCUAUUUCCUUGAUCCUUCGUAAUGAAACGUAACAACAAAUCAGUCCAAUUCAGAGUAAGUUAGAGAACGUCAAAAUAGACUUCAUGCCGAACACCACGCGAGUGAUGUGAUUUCGGCAGGCGCCUCUGCUCUGCAGGGGGUGGCCCCCUUAGCCCCAGUUAAAUAUUUUUGAAACAACGGUACUUUGCCAACCGUGGCUUGCUGUCGCUCUCACUAAAUCUUUUGCGUUCUGAAGCGGCAUGGAAGACAGUGCGGCUUGCAACCAAUACGGCAGCGAAGAAACUAUAAAACACGUUCUUUGUCAAUAUCCUCGCUUCAGCUCGCGCAUAUUGCCACUAGCUGCUCUGUUGGCCCGUCUUGACGAGAGGCCGCUGUCGGAACAGUGAGUACAAGAAUGUCGCACCGGAAAUCAUUUAGGGCCUUCUUGUACUUUUUUCCGUGGCAGUGUC